AUCUCUUCUCUCCUUUAAUCUUCUCUCCACCCAAGCUCUCCCCACCUGGCAAAACUGUUCGAGAUUGCUGUGGAAUUUACCUCAGUUUCCUCUUUCAGUCUGUGGUGUGUGGGGUCUGAGCCCAUUGAGAGGAGCUGGUGGCCUCUGAUCUCCACCUCCAGAUCAGAGUCAAGGAGUAUUUUUAUAAUGGACACUUCAUCCAAAGAAAAUAUCCAGUUAUUUGGCAAAAAUUCAGUACAACCUGUUGGAAGGUCAUCCUUAAAAACAGAAUAUCCCUCCUCAGAGGAAAAACAACCAUGCUGUGGUGAACUAAAGGUGUUCUUGGGUGCCUUGUCUUUUGUGUACUUUGCCAAAGCCUUGGCAGAAGGCUAUCUGAAGAGCACCAUCACUCAGAUAGAGAGGAGGUUUGAGAUCCCUUCUUCCCUGGUGGGAGUUAUUGAUGGUAGUUUUGAAAUUGGGAAUCUCUUAGUUAUAACAUUUGUUAGCUACUUUGGAGCCAAACUUCACAGGCCAAAAAUAAUUGGAGCAGGGUGCCUAAUCAUGGGAGUUGGAACGUUGCUCAUUGCAAUGCCUCAGUUCUUCAUGGAGCAGUACAGAUAUGAGAGAUAUUCUUUCUCCAAUUCAACUCUCAGCAUCUCUCCGUGUCUCCUAGACUCAAGUAGCCAAUUACCAAUCUCGGUUCUGGAAAAGUCACAAUCCAAAAUAAGGGACGAGUGCGAAGUUGACGCCAGCUCCUCCAUGUGGGUUUAUGUUUUCCUGGGAAAUCUUCUUCGUGGCAUAGGAGAAACUCCCAUUCAGCCUCUGGGCAUUGCCUACCUGGAUGAUUUUGCCAGUGAAGACAAUGCAGCUUUCUAUAUUGGGUGUGUGCAGACGGUUGCAAUUAUAGGACCGAUCUUUGGCUUCCUGUUAGGAUCAUUAUGUGCCAAACUGUAUGUUGACAUUGGCUUUGUAAACCUAGAUCACAUAACCAUUACCCCAAAGGAUCCCCAGUGGGUAGGGGCCUGGUGGCUUGGUUAUCUCAUAGCAGGAAUCAUAAGUCUUCUUGCAGCUGUGCCUUUCUGGUGUUUACCAAAGAGCCUACCAAGACCCCAAAGUGGAGAGGACUCUAAUUCCCCUCCUGAGAAGUCCAAGUUUAUUAUAGACGAUCACACAGACUACCAAACACCCCAUGAAGAAAAAGCAAAAAUAAUGGAAAUGGCAAAAGAUUUCCUUCCAUCACUGAAGAAUCUUUUUGGAAAUCCAGUAUACUUCCUAUAUUUGUGUACAAGCACCGUUCAGUUCAAUUCCUUAUUUGGUAUGGUGACCUAUAAACCGAAGUACAUUGAACAACAGUAUGGCCAGUCAUCUUCCAAGGCCAACUUCGUUAUCGGGCUCAUCAACAUACCUGCAGUGGCCCUUGGAAUAUUCUCUGGGGGGAUAGUUAUGAAAAAAUUCAGAAUCAGUGUGUGCGGAGCUGCGAAACUCUACUUGGGAUCGUCUGUCUUUGGUUACCUCCUAUUCCUUUCCCUGUUUGCGCUGGGCUGUGAAAAUUCUGAUGUGGCCGGGCUAACUGUCUCCUACCAAGGAACCAAACCUGUCUCUUAUUAUGAACGAGCUCUCUUUUCAGAUUGCAACUCAAGAUGUAAAUGUUCAGAGUCAGAAUGGGAACCCAUGUGUGGUGAAAAUGGAAUCACAUAUGCAUCAGCUUGUCUCGCUGGUUGUCAAUCCUCCAACAGAAGUGGAAAAAAUAUUAUAUUUUAUAACUGCACCUGUGUGGGAACUGCAGCCUCUAAAUCAGGAAAUUCCUCAGGCAUAGUGGGCAGAUGUCAAAAAGACAAUGAAUGUCCCCAAAUGUUUCUCUAUUUCCUUGUGAUUUCCGUCAUCACAUCCUAUACACUAUCUCUAGGUGGCAUACCCGGAUACAUAUUGCUUCUCAGAUGCAUUAAGCCACAACUGAAGUCUUUUGCUCUGGGUAUCUAUACCUUAGCCAUAAGAGUUCUUGCAGGAAUCCCAGCUCCAGUAUAUUUUGGAGUUUUGAUCGACACUUCAUGCCUCAAAUGGGGAUUUAAGAGAUGUGGAAGCAGAGGAUCCUGCAGGUUAUAUGAUUCGAAUGCUUUCAGACACAUAUACCUGGGACUCACGGUGAUGUUGGGUAUGGUGUCCAUUUUCCUAAGCUUUGCGCUACUUUUCCUUUUAAAGAAAAAUUAUGUUUCAAGACAUGGAAACUUCAUAACCAAGAGAGACAGAACAAUGGUGUCGACAAGAUUCCUAAAGGAAAACUGUGCUACGAGUGAUCAUUUGCUACAACCCAACUACUGGCCAGGCAGGGAAACACAACUUUAGAAAAAUGAUGACUCGAAGCCAGGGUUUCUAAUUGGUGGACAUUUCGCCCACAGAUCAAUUUUAAGGAAGAGCAUUCUAAAUGUGUAACUUCUUUGUCAUUUCAAAAAAAUUCUACUUUGUUUUUGACCGUAGGUGUUAGGUAAUAUACCUGAUAAUAAAUAUUAUUAAGCAUAUUACAGAGGAUGCAGAUGAUAAAACUAAUUUUAAACCUUUUAAUUUAUAUA